GUCAGAGGUGUGGUGAAAAACACAGAAGCAGGCUGUGUCCACUCCAGUUGUGCUGGUUUGAUCUGUACAAAUUAAGACAUGCAUUAUUGUGGCUCCUUGACUUCUCGACUGUACACAUAUUGAAGCCACAUCUGCGGGAGAAAGUGCGCGUUCCUGUCGCGCGCUUCCACGUGCAGCAUUCCCCUCUGCUUUCCAAACGCUGCUGGACUUCACUGCUUGCUGUUUAUGAAGCAGGUGGGAUGUCUGCGCUCGUGCACGUGCUCGUCCCGUUCCUGCUCUGCGUGGCUGUCGCCAACACGGGGGUCUUCGAUCAGGUGCCGGUGGACACAAGCUACGAGCACUACGCUGAGCGCGCGCUUCCGCAGCUUCCCGGCUUCCUCGCCAUGCCGUUCAACUGCCUCGUGAACGCGGGCUACGCGUUCGUGGGCAUCUACUGGCUGCGCGCUCCAGGGCUCGAGCACGAGCGCGCGCUCUGCUACGCCAAGGACGUGUUCGCGCUCAUGGCGCUGCUCUACGGGCCCGUGCAGUGGACGCGCCUGGCCACGCUGCGCCGCGCGCCCGCCGUCCUGGACCAGUGGUUUACGCUACCUAUCUUCGCGUGGGUGCCCGUUUGGUGUGGCGUGGUGGCGCGUGGCUGGUCCACCCCUCGCGCGCUCGCCAUCGAAGCCUGCUCGGUCCUCAGCUACGCGCUGGCGCUGCUGCACGAGCGAGGCUUCGAGCUCGCGCUCGCCGCCCACAUUGCCGCUGCCGUGCACGCGGCCGCCACCCUGCAGCGCGCGCACGGGGACUCCGCGUCGCUGCGCUUCUUCGCGCUCGCGGCGCUGGCGUGCGCGGGCUUCGUGCUGCUGAAGCUGCUGGACCACGAGCUGGCGCAGUGGUGGCCCUUCCAGCGCCUCACGGGUCACUUCUGGUCCAAAGUGUGCGACAUUCUGCAGUUUCACUACAGCUUCUGCUUCCUCACGGACAUUUCGCAGAGAACUGCGCACAAACGGACAUCAUGACCGCCGGCUGGACAGAGCAGCGGACAAAGCGCUGCUAUUGCGAAGACUCGAAUAAUCAGAAGAUUUGAUUAAAGAAAAGCGUGUACACACGGCUUGAACGUCACAGAGAUUAUUCAGUAAUGUAGUGAAUAAUAUUCAAAGUAGUGCUUCAAUGAAAUAAUUACUCGGGUGUCCCAAAAAAUUAAAUGAUUUCAAGUGUAUAUUGUUCUUGAACAACUGCAAAACAGGAUUAUUUUGUGGGGGAUUAUAAAUAGUAACUACCACAAGUGCUGCAACAGUCUGGCCCCGAAAAAGCCCAACCAAAAGCACAAGUUCUUCCCACCUUCAAGAUACGUCAUCAGAUAAGGGUUUUCCUGAUCUGGCCAGAGUGUCCCUUUAAGAAUGCAUGGGUAGAGCAGUCUGAACCCAACCAAAGUGCCAUGACUUCCACUUCAAGAAGCUAUA